AUACAAUUACCAUUUCAACCAACUUAUAUUAGUGUUUUAAAUUUCACAUAAUUAACAUUAUAUAUUGCUUUCAAAUUAGAGGUUAUUUAAUUUAUUUAUUCUUCACAAGAUUAGAAAAUAAAUACAUAUGAGGUAAAAAAAAAAAACCGUAACAUUCGAGGUAACGUCCGAAUCACACUAGCUAUACAAACAAUUGAACAUAAUUAUCAAAUUAAAGAAGUACAAACUACAAAUUAGCAAUUAGGGGCAUUGGUCGGGGCACACACUAGUUUAGUUAUUAUAACAAGUGUGGAAAAAAAAAUAGAAAGUAAUUAUUGUGGAAUUAGAAAAGCAAGAUUGUUUAAUGGAGUAUGUCUAAAUUUGAUGACUAGAAUAUGAAAAAAAAAACGGAUGAAGUAUUUAUUAAGUAAUUUCAUUUCAUGGUGUUAAAAAAGAAAAAAAUCAAAUUCCAAAACUUUGGUUUAAUGGAUCUCAAAAGUCACACCCUAAAUUAUGAAUCUAGGUGUUUUUCAAAGAUUAUAUUAAAGUAAAAAGCCCAACAGCAUUGCAAUUGCAACUGUCUUUCAUUCAUCAUUCCAAAAAAUGGUGACCAAAACAGCAGCAGCAGCAAGCUAUGAAGAAAAGAGGAAGAAAAGACUCGAGGAAAACAAGAAAAGGAUGAUGCAACUCAACAUCCCUCAGCUUUCUCAGGCUCUCAAGCCUUCCCCUGCUGUUAGGCUUAAGAGGGUCAAGCCCAAACCCAAACCCAAACCCGAUACACUACUCGUCAAUGCCCCACUUCGUCGAUCCACUCGAAUGGCCGACAAACCCCCUCCUGACUACCACGAGUUUAUACUCGUGGGUGGUAGAAGGUUGCCCCUCGGAAGAAACCUUUAUUCUCAAAUCAAUGCCUCGACUCAGAUCAGAUUGUACGCUAUUCAGAGAGCUCAAGAGCUGGAAUUACGAUUAGGGUCUCAACAUCCAACUUUUGUUAAAGCAUUACUUCAGGCUCAUGUUGUUGGAAAUUUGAAUUUACCAACUGCAUUUUGCAAGACCCAUCUUCUCAAUUAUGAUGGAAUGUUAACUCUAGUUGAUGAAGAUGGAAAGAAAUGCCAGACCAAGUUCCAUCUUCGAUAUAAUGGGCUCGGCUCUGGAUGGAGAGGAUUUUCCAUUGACCAUCACUUGGUUGACGGGGAUGUCCUUGUUUUCCAGCUCAUCGAACCAACUACCUUAAAGUUUUUCAAUGGUUAUCCAUACCAUGGAGGAUCAUUUGAGCAAUCCUAUCAAUGUUACCCAGCGUCGUAUAUUGAAAAGCCACAAAUUGAAAGUGGUGAUAAAAUUAUUAUGCCUCCAUCAGCCCUUGAUCGUUUAGCUUCUCUUCAUAUUGACUACCCAAUGCUUUUUGAGUUGCGAAAUGAUGGUGCAAAUCGAGUCUCUCACUGUGGCGUUCUGGAGUUCAUUGCUGAGGAAGUCACGAUUUAUAUGCCAUAUUCUUGUUCCACUCAAAUGAGCUCUUUAUUCUUUUUAACGUGUAAAUUGUCGGAAUAAGUUUUUUGUUCUGAUUAUGUAUUAGUAUGGCCGUUAUUUUCUGUCAUAAGGGUGCUUUAUGAAAUUGAUAUUAUAAAUUUCUUUGAGAUUGCAUGAA